AUGGCCACGGAUGGCGCGCCCACUCCCUCGGCGCUGGUAGACUUUGUCGCCGGAACCGCCGCCGGCGUCGCCAGCCUCUUGGCCGGCCAUCCCUUUGACACCGUAAAGACACGCCUACAGACGCAACCACACUCGCUUCCCCACUCGAGCACCCCCGCAUCGUCUCCGCCGCCGUCCAACCUUCGCCCCGAGUCCCGUCCCCUCCUCGCACCACAACCGACGACGUCGUCGUCCGCCGCAGCCGCGGCAGCAUCCUCGUCGCGCUCCACGCACCAUGCCGCCAUCAUCACGGCACCUCUGCGCAGACCGGACGGCACCAUACCCAUCUACCGAUCCGCCACCCAUGCCUUCCGCGUCAUUGUCAAGGAGGAGAAGCUCCUCGGCCUCUACAAGGGCGUCACCUCGCCCAUGCUCGGCGUCGCCGUCAUGAACGCCUCCAUAUUCGGCCUCUACGGACUCGCCCUCCGCUUCCAGCAGCAGCACGGCCUCUUCGCACCGCAGUCAUCGGGCCCGGGCCUGCUCGGCGGCGCAUCGUUCGAGCCCAGCCUGACGCAGAUCAUGGUCGCCGGCAUGGUGUCCGGACUCGGAUCCUCGCUCAUCACCGCGCCCAUCGAUCUCAUCAAGAUUCGUGAGCAGAUGGACCUGUCCACGCGUUCCUCUGCCGCUUCGUCGGCGCGACCCUCGACUUACCGCACCCUGGUCAACAUCGUCAGGACCGAGGGCGUCUUUCGUGGCCUCUUCCGAGGCUGGGGCUGCACCGCCGUGCGUGACCUGGGCUACGGACCCUACUUUUGGAGCUACGAGCUCAUGAACCGCUACCUCGGCAGCCGCGGCACCGACGGACCCCUCAGCGACGGCCGGUUAAGGCCGCUCUCCAACGUCGAGCUGGCCGUCUCUGGCGGCAUCGCCGGCGUGCUCGCCUGGCUCUCGACCUUUUGGGCCGACGUCAUCAAGACAAAGGUCCAGGCCACCACCCGCUUCGACGAUCAAAAGGCUCGCCUCGCCCAGUCGCAGAGCGGCGCCCACAGCCCCCUCUGGACUCGCUCCCUCUUCUGCCGCACUGCCGCCGAGACCUACAAGGAUGGGGGCGUGCGCGCCUUCUUCGCUGGGGUCGGCCCCACCGUGCUAAGGGCGUUGCCGGUCAACGCCGUCAUGUUCAUCGUCUUCGAGGCCGUCAAGGACGCCCUAACUGUCCGGGGCUUCUGA